AUGUCGGGCUUCCUGGAGGAGCUGCUCGGCGAGAAGCUGGUGACGGGCGGCGGCGAGGAGGUGGACGUCCACUCGCUGGGCGCCCGCGGCAUCUCGCUGCUCGGGCUCUACUUCGGCUGCAGCCUGAGCGCCCCCUGCGCGCAGCUCAGCGCCAGCCUGGCCGCCUUCUACGGCCGCCUGCGGGGGGACGCGGCGGCCGCGCCGGGGGCCGGGGCCGGGGCCGGGGCCGGGGCCGGGGCCGGGGCCGGGGCCGGAGCCGGAGGAGCGGGGCCGGGGGCCGGGGCGGCCGGGGAGCCGGACUCGCGGCGCCGCCUGGAGAUCGUCUUCGUGUCCUCGGACCAGGACCAGCGGCAGUGGCAGGACUUCGUGCGGGACAUGCCGUGGCUGGCGCUGCCCUACAAGGAGAAGCACCGGAAGCUUAAACUUUGGAACAAAUACCGAAUUUCCAACAUUCCAUCACUAAUAUUCCUAGACGCCACCACCGGGAAGGUUGUGUGCAGGAAUGGGCUGCUGGUGAUCCGUGAUGACCCAGAAGGUUUGGAAUUCCCCUGGGGACCUAAGCCCUUCAGGGAAGUCAUUGCAGGGCCUUUGCUUAGAAAUAAUGGGCAGUCCCUGGAGAGCAGCAGCCUGGAGGGGUCUCACGUGGGCGUCUAUUUCUCCGCGCACUGGUGUCCCCCGUGCCGAAGCCUCACCCGGGUCCUGGUGGAGUCCUACCGGAAGAUCAAGGAGGCAGGCCAGAAAUUCGAGAUCAUCUUCGUUAGCGCAGACAGGUCAGAGGACUCAUUCAAACAGUACUUCAGUGAGAUGCCCUGGCUUGCUGUCCCCUACACCGACGAGGCCAGGCGGUCACGCCUCAACCGGCUGUAUGGAAUCCAAGGCAUCCCCACCCUCAUCGUGCUGGACCCGCAGGGGGACGUGAUCACGCGGCAGGGCCGGGUGGAGGUGCUGAACGACGAGGACUGCAGGGAGUUCCCGUGGCACCCCAAGCCCGUGCUGGAGCUGUCCGACUCCAACGCCGUGCAGCUCAACGAGGGCCCCUGCCUCGUCCUCUUUGUAGACUCUGAGGAUGACGGGGAGUCCGAGGCGGCCAAGCAGCUGAUCCAGCCCAUAGCCGAAAAGAUCAUCGCCAAGUACAAAGCCAAAGAGGAGGAGACGCCGCUUCUGUUCUUCGUGGCGGGGGAGGAUGACAUGACCGACUCCCUGCGAGAUUACACCAACCUGCCCGAGGCUGCCCCCUUGCUCACCAUACUGGACAUGUCGGCCCGGGCCAAGUACGUGAUGGACGUGGAGGAGAUCACCCCUGCCAUUGUGGAGGCCUUUGUGAAUGACUUCCUAGCGGAAAAGCUCAAGCCAGAGCCCAUCUAG